GCCGAUGAAGGCCUACUUGACCGAACAGCUGCCGUGGCAGGGCGACAAUACGCCAUACCCUGUCUACGACUCGUACGCUGCCUUUAGCGCAUCGUAUUUGGCCGAGAACCAAGCGCGCUUCAACCGGUCCACGCUGCUACACCAGCGGUCCUACUUUGUCGACGACGCGUCACGCACAGAUGUCAUCCGCGUCGCUCUCGACAUGCGCCGACGAACGCACAACAACUGCAUUGAGUUUCUCCUUGGUCUACCCGGCCUCAUCUUUUAUGGCGGCCACAUGCGCGACCUUCUCUGCAACUUUGCCGCAUCACCCCGCGGUCACAAUGUGACCGACGACCUGCGCUGGCAUCGACGCGGUGUGUGUCAGCACGGCACAUUUGUCGGUGCCACCGUCGGCCAACAGUGCAUUUGGCUCACGACCGGCGACGACCUCACCGCAGAUGACACACUUGGCGUCUUUACCCUGACGUUUAUCUUUCAACUGCCCCGGUUUUAUGUGUGGCUUUGGGUCAAAUUCGGCUACCGCUGCCUCAUUAGCCUCUACGUGGUCGUCCAAAUGUGGCGCGAAUAUUACCGCCACUGCGCGUCCCUCCACACGGUCGUGCAGCGCUUGGGCCAUACCGUACCGACGCCCGCAUCCACGACCUGGCAGUACGACCUCGUGAUGGGCGACCCGACAGCGCUCAUCCUUCUGGAUCCGAUCGUCUCGUUGGCCUUUACGCUCGACGUGUGGCUCAGUAUGGAGUACAUGGGCAUUGCCAUGGUGCGUGCGACGCAAAUCGUCGAUCUGUACACGCUCUUUCUCGCGUUCACGUACUUUUCCCGCACGGUCUGGUUUGCCUAUUUGGCACUGAGCGUCACGUCCAAGGUGCUCAAACGCUAUGAAAAAGAGCACCACUUUGCCGGCGUCGACCCCACCGUUGUCGCGAUUAGCGUCGCCGUGUACGUCAUCCCAGUCGACUACCUUCAAGCCAACACCCGCAUCGUGGAUGCCUACUACUGGCUCUUCCGCAUCCCGAGCCCGCGCGAUACGCAAGACGAGCAAGUCGACGUGCUCUUUGGCUGCGUGCUUUUAACGAUCUCGAUUGCCUUCGUUCCUGUGCUGUAUGGGAUUGCCCGAUCUCGCUGCCGUAGAAUCGAGAUCUCGUUGUGUCUCCUGAGUCUUACGAGUAGGGUCCACGCCGUCGUCAUCGAGCCGCCGUGCCGCGUACAGUAG